CGGGAAUAGACUUCGUAGCCCAUGCAUCGUGCGCUGACACCGCUUGGGCUCCUGCGCGGCUCACGCAGCAGCGUCGGCAGCGGCAGCAGCAAGUUAGGUCGCAUCCUUCCCUCUCCACAUCUCUCAUCGUUCUAUCGCGCCUCCUGUACGAUACCCUAGCAUAGCCCUAAGCCUCCAGCAACAACCAUGUCUACCGCCCUAAAGCGCCUGUCCUCCCUGGCCAACCACUUCGUCCCCUCCUCAUCCUCCCCUACCGUCCCAUCCGCCCCCUCCAAACGCACCGACCUCUCCCACGACUUCGACCACAACCAUCACAUCCACCAACUCUCUCCCACGUUCUGGCUAUGGCGCGCCGCGCAAAUAGAACCCGAUGCGCUGGCCGUCUACCACAAGACGGUCAAUGGCCCGAUACUGAAGCGCACGUACGCGGAAACGUCUGAACGCGCAAAGGGGUUUGCGUACUUCCUGCGAAAGAAAGGGUAUAAGAGGGUUGGCAUACUAUGCACGAAUACUCCCGCGUUCUUGGAGGCCAUCUUCGGUAUCGGCGCUGCGGGGGGCGUACAUGUCGCGAUCAACCACCGGCUGAAAGCAGACGAUCUGGCGUAUAUCUUCGAUCAUGCGGAUGUGGACAGUAUUAUCGCGGAUGAGGAGUUCGUGCAUUUGCUGGAUUUGUACCGGAAGAGCCAUCCUAACAUCCCAAUCAUUAUCGACAAGGACACGGACCAGGACGACGGUGAGUAUGACCAAGCUGUUUUAGAGGGUCUCCGAUAUGAUGAAGAAACUGGUGGCCAGGGCUGGGCAGGUCUGGAAGCCCAAUGUGUGGAAGAGGACUCCCUCAUCGCGAUCCCGUAUACUUCGGGCACGACAUCGCGGCCGAAAGGCGUAGAGUACACGCAUCGUGGUGGGUACAUGGCGGCAGUUGCCAAUAUCAUUGAGAGUGGCCUCAAUACGCACCUGAGCGGUGCCGACAGGUGUCAUUACCUCUGGACGCUGCCAAUGUUUCAUGCGGUUGGCUGGACGUUUCCGUGGGCCGUGACUGCUGUGCGAGGAACGCAUUACACCUUGCGGAAGAUUGACUAUCCGGAGAUUUGGCGGCUGCUGAAGACGGAGAAGAUCAGCCACUACAACGCUGCGCCGACGGUGAAUACGCUCCUGUGCGCUGAUCCGAACGCUGAGAAGCUGCCAGAACCCGUACGCGUGACUGUCGCCGCUAGUCCACCGACGGCACAUCUCUUCGAGCAGAUGACCAACCUCAACCUCCAACCCGUGCACGUGUAUGGCUUAACGGAGACUUACGGUCCGAUAACCAAAGGGUAUACGAUGCCUGCUUGGAGCGAUUUGCCGCUCAAAGAGCAGUACGCCCGGAAAGCUCGUCAAGGUCACGGACACAUUACGUCGCUGCCUGCUCGCGUGAUCAAAACGAAGCAGGACGACAGCGGCGCGUGGUCGUCAGAUGGCGUGGUUGACGUUGAGCGUGACGGUAAAGAGAUCGGAGAGAUCGUCGUCGCCGGUAACAUCUGCGCAAGAGGGUAUUACAAGGAUGCCAAAGCCACGCGUAAGCUUUUCGAGGGCGGGGUGCUGCAUACGGGAGAUCUUGCAGUGUGGCAUCCGGACGGCGCAAUUCAGAUCCUGGAUCGAGCGAAAGACAUCAUCAUCUCCGGCGGCGAAAACAUUUCCUCAUUGGCGUUGGAGUCCAUGCUGGUGACACAUCCAGACGUCCUGGAAGCGGCUUGCGUGGGGAUAGCGGAUGAGAAAUGGGGAGAAGCGCCAAAGGCAUUUGUGACGGUGAAGUCGGGGAAAGAGGGCUCGGUGACGGGCGAGCAGAUAAUCGAGUGGGCGAAGAACAAAAGCGAUAUCAGUCGGUUCAUGGUGCCAAAGGAGAUAGAGAUCUUGCAGGAGCUUCCCAAGACGAGUACGGGCAAAUUGAGGAAGAACAUACUAAGAGACUGGGCGAAAGGUGGAAAGAGAGAUGACGCUUGAACACAGUGCCUGCCGCUUGGUAGGAAUAUUGAGUGGCGCUAAGCUGAUGAUGGAAAAAUGUAGAUAUGUGUUGUCGGCGGUCAAGGAGCUUCAAGGCGACUUCGGCACGUCUAUUGAAGGACGUCUCUCCAUGGAUGUACGAAUAACCAGUAACUACCGCACUUAUUGCACGGAAUAGCACUGACUCAGUGUGUCUGAUCGGUCUGGAAGUGUAAUGAUGUCGAAGUCGUAACUGCCUGCCUGCAGCCUCGUUGCUCUUCAGGAGUCAAGUCCAAGGCUUGGCAACAGCCAUCACCGCCG